AUGGCCCUGCGGAUACAGUUCAGCACCGCGGACAGCUCCACUGCCGCAGGUUCAGGACCCUGGUUGGGCUGCUUCCAUCGUGUGCUCCCAUCCAUCAUGAUCAUCAACAUAACGCUGGUCCCUCUGAGUGUUGACUUUGACAGUCCAGGGGACUAUUUUCUCUUUAUUUUUCAUGUGUUGGUUGGGACUAGCACUGUGAUUGUGGCCGGUUCUGUGGCAUGUGGUAUUAUUAAGACCAAUGCACUACUAAGACAAAACCGUUUCAUAUUCAUGCUGAACACAAGUAUCUCGGACACACUGACCGGCUGUGGCAUUUUCUAUCAAUGUCUCUUCGAUGUGCGAGUCGGAAUCCCAUCUAAAAAUGGGACUUAUUACAUUUUGACCUCGCUCCUUGGAGUUAAUAUCAUGACGUUUUUAUUCGCUCAGUUUGAUCGAUAUUUUGCCGUGUGUCAUCCAUUCUUCUAUGGUCGAUUCAUCACCACCAGAGUGACUGUGUGCCUUAACGUGUAUAGCUGGGUGCAUGUUUAUAGUCAGCUACUCAUUCAACACUUGGUUCCGCUUUCUAUAGCCGUAGAGAUCGCAGUUUACAGCAGAAUCAGUCUGAUGCUGAUUAUAAUCACAAAAAUAGCCAUGACCAUCAAGCUGCUUAUCGUAGCGAAGCAACAGCUGCAGCGAGAGCCGCCGGGCCCGGAGAGAGACAGUAAGAAAGAGUCCUUGUUGAUCAUAGUGCUGGUGGUGAUGUCUUUCCUGCUGCUGUGGACCCCAGCAAUGUUUAAUAUAAUUCUAUCUUCGUUUUUGGGGAAAUAUUAUAUCACCAAAAACGAAGCCGUAAACCCAAUUAAUAUUUUAUCCAGGAGCAACGCUCUGUGCACUCCUUCUCUCUAUCUGUCCGCCAGCCCUUCACUCAGGACGGCCGUGUGGAAGAGUGUCUGGAGCAAAAUCUGCUGCUGCAAACAACCCAGAAGAAUCGGCUUUGACUUCAAUGGAGUGGCGAAAAUACAAUAG